UCCGUUGAACCAAAAUGGCCGAUGUUGUAUUUUAACCUAUGAAAGACAGCUACUUUUCUUUUUGUUUCAUUCUUGGGAGGAAAUCAUUAAACGAGAGACUUUUCGGAGGAACCGUAUCUCGCCACUGUCCUUGUACAUGAGUUUUAGUUUUUAUCUUGAAGACAAUCAAGACUGACACAUAUUCGUUGAACGAGUUAGACUAUGCAUAUUUAGUUCAAAUACAGGCUAGCUAGCUGGCUCUGGCUGCCACACAGAACAGCAAUUGAAAGUGAUAUAGCAAGCUAACUGAGCUGCGAUGGAGGAACUAAGCGCAGAUGAGAUUCGCAGAAGGCGACUGGCACGACUGGCAGGUGGACAGACGUCACAGCCCAGCACCCCCCUCAGUACACCCUUAACAUCUCCACAGAGAGAGACCCCACCUGGACCCCUCCAUGGACCCUCAGGUGCUGUACCCCAGCCCCUGCAACCAGCUGCCUCCCAGUCAUUGGGGCUCAAUGUCCACAGUGGUACUCCUGCCACUUCUCCUAUGGGCACCUCUGGAGUGGCAUAUGGUAGUCAGAGCAGUGAGGGUGUCAGCUCCCUCUCCAGCUCACCCUCCAACAGCCUUGAAACACAGUCCCAGAGUUUGUCGCGGUCGCAGAGCAUGGAUAUUGACACUGCCUCCUGUGAAAAGAGCAUGUCCCAGGUGGACGUGGACUCAGGGAUAGAGAACAUGGAGGUGGAGGACAGUGAUCGCAGGGAAAAAAGGAACUUGACUGAAAAGGAAACCUCUGCAAACUCGAAUGUCUCUGAAGAGCAGGCUUUGCAGCUUAUUUGUAAGAUCCUCCGCGUAUCGUGGAAGGAACAGGAUAGAGAUGUCAUCUUUCUCCCGUCACUGGCUGCAGAGUUUCACCGUGGUCCUAAAGAUGCAUUUUGUGACUUCAAAGACCUCAUCAGCCAGAUCUUGAUGGAAGUCUUAAUGAUGUCCACCCAGUCACGUGUCCAUAACCCCUUUGCCAGCUUGACUGCCACCUCUCAGCCAAUUGCGGCAGCCAAAUCCCCAGACCACCGUCUGACGCUGGUGCAGCCCUCCAGUCUAGGUGGCAGUCCCAUGGGUCCCAGUGUGGGGUCCUUUGGAGCCAGCUCUCUGUCCAGUCUGUAUGGGUGUGGUAGUCCUCAUCCAAUGGCUUUGGAUGCAGCCAGCGGGAAUUCCCCAUCUCUCCCCACCCCUACUACACCCUCUUUACCCUCUACCCCGCAGUUCAUUGUUCCCCCCAGGCCAUCCAUUACUUCUACUCCGAGACAAUCCCUCAACCCUCCAUCUGCUCCACUGCCCAUCUCCCAACGCUACCGACCCUACUCUGUCUCCUCUUCCUGGGGUGCUCCUUCCCCAUCCAGCUUGGGACCCAGAGGAGUUAGUUUCUUUGAACCCUCGCCCAGCCCUGCAGGGCCCUCUGUUCCUCCCAACACUCCAGUUCCUGUGCCUCCACCCAGUCCCCAGAACCUCCCCAUGAGCUCCUCUAGGGCUCAUAACCUGGCUUCCUCCACAGCCCUUCCUGUGGUGCCUCCUUCUCCCAGGUCACGCACUCGACACGCAGCCUUUGGCUCCAGGAUCCCACCGUCUAGCCCUCUGUCGUUCCUGUUCUUUGCCCUAUCUGACAUGUCUCAGGAAAGCAGUGAUGAAGAGUCUGAGGAAGAGGAGGAGGAGUUUGCUGGGGUACAGUUUGGGUCCAGUCUUGGCGCAUGUGGAGGGGGAAUGUCCAGCGAUUCAGCCAGCGACCGCUUCACGAUUGAAACAUGCAAAGAGACAGAGAUGCUGAACUACCUCAUAGAGCGUUUUGACAGUGUUGGCAUGGAGGAGAGGAAAGCUCCCAAGAUGUGCAGCCAACCAAAUGUCAGCCAGCUUCUCAGUAACAUUCGUUCUCAGUGUAUUUCUCAUGUUGCUCUGGUUCUGCAAGGCACCUUGACCCAGCCUCGAGGCCCUCACCAACCGUCUCUGCUGGUUCCUUAUAUGCUGUGUCGGAACCUUCCUUAUGGCUUCAUUCAGGAGCUGGCACGCAUUACUCAUCAAGAGGAAGAAGUAUUCAGACAGAUCUUCAUUCCUAUCCUCCACGGGCUUGCUCUUGCAGUUAAAGAAUGUUCUUUUGACACUGACAACUAUAAAUUCCCCCUCAUGGCAUUAGCUGAACUCUGUGAAAUCAAGUUUGGAAAGACUCACCCAGUGUGUAGUUUGUCAACAUCAUUGCCUCUAUGGUGUCCCAAACCGCUGAGCCCUGGUUCCGGCAGAGAGGUCCAGAGACUGUCUUAUCUGGGAGCCUUCUUCAGCCUUUCAGUUUUUGCUGAGGAUGAUACCAAAGUAGGAGACAAGUAUUUCUCGGGCCCAGCCAUCACCAUGGAGAACACACGAGUUGUCAGUCAAUCGUUGCAACACUACCUGGAGUCAGCAAGAGGUGACCUGUUUAAAAUUCUCCAUAACAUUCUACUGAAUGGAGAGACACGCGAGUUAGCGCUGAACUACAUGGCAGCUCUAGUCAACUACAAUGUGAAGAAAGCCCAGAUGCAGACCGAUGAUAAGCUGGUGUCUACUGACGGCUUCAUGCUGAACUUCUUAUGGGUGCUGCAACAGCUGAGCAUGAAGAUCAAACUGGAGACAGUGGACCCUUAUUACAUUUUCCACCCACGCUGUCGCCUUGCUGUCAGCCAAGAGGAAACACGUCUAAAGGCCACUAUGGAGGAGCUGAAGAGCUGGCUGUCUGAACUGCACGAAGACCCAACAAAGUUCUCAGAACCCAAGUUCCCCACCGAGUGUUUCUUCUUGACACUGCACACACACCACUUGUCCAUCCUACCUUGCUGCAGGCGCUAUAUCCGCAGGUUGCGAGCCAUCCGUGAACUUAACAGGACUGUAGAGGAGCUGAAGAAUAGUGAAAGCCAAUGGAAAGAUUCUUCCCUGGCAAGUCGACAUAGAGAGAUGCUGAAGCGUUGCAAAACCCAGCUCAAGAAACUGGUGCGAGCCAAAGCUUGUGCUGACGUGGGUCUUCUGGACGAGAACCUGCUGCGCAGAUGUCUGCAGUUCUACAGCACAGUCAUUCAGCUCAUUCUCCGCAUGGUGGACCCUGCCUAUCCCAACAUUACCCUGCCACUGAACCCUGAGAUUCCCAAAAGCUUUGCUGCUCUUCCCGAAUUCUACAUUGAAGAUGUGGCCGAGUUUCUGCUUUUUGUCGUGCAGUAUUCUCCCCAAGUUUUAUAUGAGCCGUGUGUUCAGGACAUCGUCACCUUCUUGGUGGUGUUCAUUUGCAGCCAGAACUACAUCAGGAACCCCUACCUUAUCGCCAAGUUAGUGGAGGUGCUGUUUGUCACCAACCCUGCUGUACAGUCUCGUACUCAGCGAUUCUCUGAAAUGAUGGAGAACCACCCGUUGUCCAUCAAACAACUAGUCCCUGCCCUCAUGAAGUUCUACACUGAUGUUGAACAUACCGGAGCCACCAGCGAGUUCUAUGAUAAGUUCACUAUACGUUACCAUAUCAGCACUAUUUUCAAGAGUCUCUGGCAGAACAUUGCCCACCAUGGCACCUUCAUGGAAGAGUUCAACUCUGGCAAGCAGUUUGUUCGCUACAUCAACAUGCUGAUCAAUGACACCACCUUCUUGUUAGACGAGAGCCUUGAGUCCCUGAAGCGUAUUCAUGAAGUUCAAGAGGAGAUGAAGAAUAAGGAGCAGUGGGAGCAGCUACCGAGGGACCAGCAGCAGAGCCGUCAAUCCCAGCUGACUCAGGAUGAGCGGGUGUCUCGCUCCUAUUUGGCCCUGGCCACGGAGACGGUGGAUAUGUUCCACAUCCUCACCAAGCAGGUCCAGAAGCCUUUCCUCAGACCUGAGCUGGGGCCUCGUUUAGCUGCCAUGCUGAACUUUAACCUUCAGCAGCUCUGUGGGCCCAAGUGUCGGGAUCUGAAGGUGGAGAACCCAGAAAAGUACGGCUUUGAGCCCAAGAAACUCUUGGACCAGCUGACGGACAUCUACCUGCAGCUGGACUGUGCCCGCUUUGCUAAAGCAAUUGCAGAUGACCAGCGGUCAUACAGCCGUGAACUCUUUGAGGAGGUGAUCUCAAAGAUGAGGAAGGCUGGCAUUAAAUCCUCCAUUGCUAUUGAAAAAUUCAAGCUGCUAUCAGAAAAGGUGGAGGAAAUAGUUGCAAGGAACUCCCAGUCUGAAAUGGACUACAGUGAUGCACCCGACGAGUUCAAAGACCCACUGAUGGACACACUGAUGACAGACCCUGUGAUAUUACCUUCGGGGAAAGUCAUGGACCGAUCCAUCAUCUUACGCCACCUGCUCAACUCCCCAACUGAUCCUUUCAACAGACAGCCUCUCACAGAGAGUAUGCUCGAGUCUGUCCCUGAGCUGAAGGAGAGGAUCCAUACCUGGAUGAGAGAGAAGCAGGGUGGACGACCUAUGUAAGGACCAUGAGGCACCAAAAUCUGGCCCGUUAAUCGUCAUCAUCAAGGGAUCUGUCCAAAUCGCCUCAAUUCACUGUCGCUAUGACAACAAAAAACGUGAAUGGAAAAAAGAUUUGAUAACAUUUUUUUUUCUUUUCUUUUUUUGCAUUUACCCUUUUUGUCUCAAACCAUGGUUCUAAAAACAAAACAUAAUAAAGUUAAGACUUUUAAGUUUUUUUCUCAUGAGUUUGUGUGUAUAUAUAUUAAAUAUAUACAUAUAUUUAACAAGAGUUGUUAGUUUAUGCAUUAUAAUGCUGCAAGAAUAGGUUUCUACCAAACAGGUUUCCUGUGGAAGUGCAUUCAUUCACUUCACUCAUCAUUUUCUUUGACUGCUCUCAUUUAAUUCUGUAAUACCGUGUAUGUUGGUGUCAUUAAAGUCUUUGAAUUAUUUAGUGCAGGUGGGAGGCAAUACACUUGGUAGAGUUUGGGUCACUUCUGGUAAAAAGAAAAAACAAAACAAAACAAAAAAAACUGCGGACUCCCGCUGAGUUUUGAUUAAGAAGACUCUAACGACGAUGAACUUGAGUCCACAUAAUGUAUGCUGGUGACCCCGGGGCGAACUUAUGCACGGUUUGUGCUUUUAGAUGAAGCCCAUAUCUGGCAGUAUUCAUUAAAGGAUGUAGCUAAACGUAAAGUAAUCAUAAAUGUUAGCUUCCUUUUGAGUACAGUUUGAAGAUGAGCAGCAGUUUACUAAAAUACAGUAUGUUGAGUUAUUCCUUUUUAGUCACAGUUCGCCCUGCUGACUUCAGUAGAGUGAGUUUACUUCUUGUGUGUGCAUGGCCUCAAGUCCAGAAGCUCAGAAAAGCCUUGUGAACAAGAAAAUCGUCUUGGGUGACAUGGGAGGAUUGUGAGAGAAUGUAGCAUGACCACCAGGAACACCAUCAUAGGAGCACACCAUUAAAAGUUUGUUCUUCAGUGCCACUGACGUCCUCACCUCAAGAUGGUUUCUUUAUAAUGGCACUGUACCUAACUUGAACUUGCUGACCUUAACUGUACAGGAAAGGAUUUCCUUAAACUACAUACCUGUUUUGGAAGCUAGGAUUUUGAACAGAAAUAAAAGAUGAUGCACAGUA